CAACUGUCAAUAUUGCCAAAUGUCAUCAAACUUCAAUGUCAUAAAAAGUAUAAAUAAAAAGAAUAAAAAGAUAUAAAAGGGGCCCCAAAUAGAAAAAUAAGAUGCUAAUUUCCAAAACAUUACCAGCAUUAAGGCUGUUGAAAAAUGCGAGCCCACGAAAUUUGGUUCAAGCUGUUAGAAACCAUGGCAGUUGUAACUACCGUAAAGGGGCUCCUGAACCUUCCAAACUUGUGAGGUACACAGCCGAAGGAAUUCAAGGAUUUGCAUGGUGGUGGAUUUUAUGGCAUAUGUGGACGGAACCCGAUCAUAUUCUAGGAGAAUUUCCGUAUCCUGACCCUUCUAAAUGGACCGAUGAAGAGUUGGGAAUCCAAUAGAAUGUCUUUAUUUUCUUAGUACGAAUUUUUUCUGCGUUAUAACUAGUCU